UUUAAACAUGCAUACAGAAGCAGAAUUUCCUUACAUCAACAUUUACUUGUCAAUGUGUCAGAGUAUCUCUGGAUGUUCAGACACAGAAGAAAACAUGCAGAACCGAGACCAGAAGGUCCCACAAAGUCCAUUCAUGACCAACCAAAUGGAUAUGACGAUGCAAGGCUUUGACAAUGUGCUUGUGGACGAACUAAGUAUGCUUGAACCAGUGUCUGAUGUGUGCAGUAACACACCGGCUUCUCACGAUCAAGUGUGCGUACCUGAUAGCCCAAAAAGUUUCACUGACUUAGAUACACAGUUUUAUCCAGAACAUCUACAAAUCAAACAAGAAAAACAGGAACCUAUGGACUUUCCUCCAUGUGAACAAUUACGAUCCGAUUUCAGUGCGCAUGUACCAUCACACCAGCUCCAUCAGCAAAACAGCAUGCUGUUGAAAGAUGACGAAUCUCUUUCCCGACUUGUGUUUGGUGUGAUGAAACAAGACAUUGAACACAUAUGUCGUAUCCUCAGAAUAAACCAAAAUCCCCGAUAUUGGAGUCAGGAUGACGUCAGAAAGUGGCUGCAAUGGCAAGCUGAAGAGUACUGCCCGAACUCCAUUGAUGUCAAUGUAUUCAAGAUGAACGGACUCGAUUUCUGCAACCUUACACAAGAUGACUUCAAACUUAGAACACCUGCUGCUUGGUCCAACAUUUAUCACCAGCUGGAGAUAUGGAAAAGUGCAUGUACUUUAGAUACACCGUGUAUGUCGCAGACGACAGAUUUCAACUGUAACCAGCGGUUUUACCCUGAUUUUGAGCGAAUCCCUAUUCCAGCCAUGUCUCCGUCUCCGAGUGUCUCUAGUGAUGACAGUGAUGCACGAAGUGACAACGAUGAAUUCUCAAACAUGUGCGGUGUAACAUCACCUUGUCUUCCCGCCGAAACAGAACACAAGCAGACGAUACAUUUGUGGCAGUUUUUGAAAGAGUUGCUUUUACAUCCCGACAAUUUCUCGAAUUGCAUUAAAUGGGUCAGUCAAAAGGAAGGAAUCUUCAAAAUAGAGGACUCUUCAAGGGUAGCGAAACUAUGGGGAAAGAGAAAAAACCGUCCAGCCAUGAACUACGACAAAUUAAGCCGGUCAAUCCGACAAUACUACAAGAAGGGAAUCAUCAAGAAGACAGCACACUCCAAACGGCUUGUAUAUCAGUUCUGUCAACCGUACCUGUGAUGACGCCAUAGUUCGUCGUGUUUUUUGGACGACAGCACCCCUUGUCGUCAGUCAUGUGACCUUACGUGACUGUUUCUGGCGGUACAUGUCAGAUCAGAACUUUAGAAUUAUCUCUACUAAAUUUGGUUGAUUUUGCAGAGAUAUCCAUGGCAUUGAUUUGGCAAAGUCAUCGCGAACAUGUCGUCUUCCCACCGUGGGAUAGUCGAGACUGAUCGGUGUGAGGUGUUUCCUGCUUCGGGUGUCAAUCAUCCAAUUACAAAACUUAGUAGAUAGUCUACAGUAUGACGGAUAGACAUGAACAAAAUGCUGAACAGGAAAUCCGAAUUUGUUUAUGUCUUUUUUAAUGUUUGUUCUCCUAGUCCUUUAUGCUGUGAGCAUACCAAGAAAUUGUUACAUUUAAAUGUAUAUAUAUUAAAUAUUUGUUAUACAUCUACCAUAUUCAAAUACAUCUGUCAAACGUUCUUUGAAAAAGAAUAUUCGUUAUACCUUUGUCCUUGUUACAAAAGUUCAAGUUACAGCUAAUAAAUAAUUAUUUCAUUUUUUUCAAAAAUAAAAAACAAUACCGCAAUGAUUAUAAAGACAAAUACCAAUGUUAAACGUCUCAAUAUCUCAUUAUCUCAUUUACAAAUUCAUUACUGUUAAAUGGCUUCAUAAUAUACCAAGUAUAAGUAUUGCAAAAUGGCUAAAUGUACAUAAUGAUUGACACAAGUUUUUCAUCAUUUGCAAACAAAUAUUAUAUAAUACCCCAUUUUAUUUCACCUUAGGUAGAAACACGGUUGCAUCUAUGGGAAGUUUUGAGAGAGAGGCUGAAUAACUGGAUAAUUUUGAAAGUGUGUGGAUAUUACCAAGCUGGUGAUAAAUUUGUAAUUUGGAAACUGUUUGAGAUUUUUGUUAGUUGGUUUCUUCGAGUAUGCUUGUGUGUCACCGAGUCAGUGUUUGGUGACUAGUAUGUUUAAAUAAAUGUGAUUGAUUGAAAGUCAUAAUGAAUAACGUUACAAAUGGUGGGUGUGUGUCGAUGUAAUGAAUAAUGCUUUAUGUAGACAGGCGCAUGCAUAAUAUAUUGAGCAGAUACAGGUUGUUUGGAUCUGAAUAAGCGAGUGCAUUAUUUUAAGGUUAAAAAAUGAGUAUUCUUUGAAGCAAAUAUGUGAUAUUUUUGUACGCAGUAUAUGUAUAUGAAUUUAUAUAGUUUUAUAAUUACAUAAAAAUGAACCAAA